AUGAAGGUGAACCUAGCAGCUCAAGCAAUCAACUCAAGCGUCGCCGAUGCUUUGGAAUUUUGCGACAUUGACCUCAAGAACGGAACCUUUACCGACAGCGAGGCCACAGUGAAGCUCAUCUGGAUCUUCGACAAGCUAUUCGACAUGAUGAACUCAAAAAACCCUGUAGUCAAGAGCUUCAAAGCACCCUUGAGAAUGAGCACACAUCACCUAUGUAAGCCCUUCUUCGAAGAAACAGCAAGCCACAUUCUCGGCUUGAAGGACGUCACUGGCCUGCCACUCUACCUAACCAAAAGGAAGAUUGCUUUUCUUCGAUUUCUUAUGAACAUAAAGAGCUUAUAG